AUGGAUGUUCAAGGGAAUGCCCAGCCCGAACGCGUGCGGAAGCGUCGCCGCCGCACAAUGGCGUGCACGCAGUGUCGCACGCGCAAGUUGCGAUGCGAUCGCGAGUAUCCCACUUGCAGUCGCUGUCUAAAAAGCAGAACACCGAACAAAUGCACAUAUGAAGAUGGCUUUUUAUGGCAGCAGCCCACCACCGUCCCGACUAAUGCAUUUGCCUCCGACCGAGGGUCUGCGGUACCUAUGCCUAGAGAUACACCAGUCGACACACCCCGGGAUUCGGGGAUACCGAUGGUGUCAAACCGGCCGGAACCUUUCCCAAUUAGUGAACCGUUCCCAACUAGUGAACCACCUCGUCUGGCAAGGGCUGGCGGUCCAAUGCAUCACGAGUACCAUGGUCUUACCGGGCAUGCGCUUGCGCCGCCCUAUCGAAGUCGACCACACGACAGAGAGCGAAAGGACUGCUUUUUGGAAACUGUUCUCGGUGUGCCUAAGGCUGCUGUUAAUCAGGAACCUUACCUGAAUACGGGUCUUUUACAGCGUCCCAAGCGCCCAGCGCCGGCGACGGAGCAUGAUAUGCAAACACCGUCGCAGGUCGACGAUCCGCACAUUGACGAAGAAGAGGACCCAUUGUCACCUACGGACCAGCUCGACCUCUCUCCUCGAAUGAUGAUGAGGGGGCGUGAGACCAAAACGCGGUUUAGCGGAUCGGGUAUCUUUGCCAGUCUAGUUGCACAGUUUCCGGAUAUAAAGCCAUUUGCAGAUGAGAUCAGGCUUUCUACCCCAAUCUUCACGCAACUUCAGUCAGACCUAAGAAGGGUUAAACGCGGGCUAUUGAAACAUAUGGUGCUCAACAGGCCCUUCCCCGAUCCUACGACGGCUUCGCUGAUUAACAUGCUGCCCUCGCGUGGUGUGGUCGAUGAGCUUGUCGGGUUGUAUAUCACUUAUAUCGAGUCUACUCACCGCAUUCUUCAUGUUCCAUCCUUCCUACGAGAGCUUGACCAAUUUUGGGCCAUGUUAGACAGCCCGGCAUCAAUAUCUGCUGCCUUUACAGUUCAGGUACUGUUGGUCCUUGCCUGUGCCUGGAACCUUGCAGAUUUUGCUAGUCUGCAAUCAAAAAGUGCGGGCGAACUCAAGUGCCAGUGUGCAGUGGAGUGGACGUUGCACGCAGGACAAUGGAUCGAGAAUCUUCACACAAAGCGCCCGGAGAUCACAUCAAUGCGACUAUCGAUUCUGUUGAUUUUGGCGCGCAACGCCCACGGGAUGAAACGCAGCCAGGCUUGGCUCACAACUAGUACAUUGGUCAAGCAAGCAAUGAUGGCGGGAUACCAUCGCGAUCCAAGCCGAUACACACGUAUCUCUGCAUUCAACAAAGAGAUGCGGCGGCGAAUAUGGACAACCAUUGUAGAACUGGACCUGCAAAUUGCUCUUGACCGGGGGAUGCCACCGUCAGUACAAAGCUUCGACUACGAUACGGCUCCAGGGCUGAACAUUUACGACGACGAGAUCCAUGAGGACAGUACUGAAGUUCCCGGAAGCCGGCCAUUGAAUGAAAUCACCGACUCCUCGUUCCAGUCUGUUCUGAGUCGCUCACUACCUGUCCGCCUCCAAGCAUGUUCCCUCAUGCACUCCCCACGAAUUAACUGUCGAUAUGAGGAUAUUCAGCGUCUGGACGGUGAGCUCAACCGCCAUCUUUCUCGAAUUCCUGCGUGGGUUGCAGCAGACCCCAGCGACAUCAUUACACAAAACAAGAUCAUACUAUGGAAAGGCUUGAUUGAGACCAAACUUUGCCAGUCUCUACUGUCUGUCCACACUCCUUUUGCCAUCGAAGCACUACAAGAAACACUCUUUGCUCCCUCCGCGCGUACUCGCAUGGAUGCCGCAACCAGAAUACUGUCAACCCAGCGCCGGCUACACGACAUUUCACGAACGCUGUCGCUAUGUAUGCUUGGUGAAUGGACUAUCCAAGCCUACAUUUCCAUCUGCCAAGUGCUACACACAACCGAAUUCGAUGCCUCCCAACCCUCAUCCAUCUCCUCUGCCUUCAUUCUCCACAAUAUACCCGGUAUCCCCGAAUCGCUCCUAUCACUCGUUGAAACAGCCCUGAUCGCCUUGGAAGAGCGCUCCCUUUUGGUGACCAAGGGAGCCAAAGACUAUUAUUUCCUCUCAACGAUCGUCGGACUAGUCAAAGCCCGACUUUGGCCCGCACAGGCAACUAUGUACAAGCAGCAGGUUGUCGAGCGGGUCCUGUCAUUUGCGCAGAUCCUCUUCUCUCGGCAUAUGAACUGCGACCACCUCGGCGAUAAGGGGAUGGGCAAUUUCAAGGACAACCAGGUGGCUGCAUUCAUGGCGGCUCCAACAAUGGUGCCCGUCAUGCAGGCCGAAUUUGAUCCCAAUGGGAUGCACCCGCCACUGCAAUCUGGCGGCAUGCCAUCUGGCGAUUUCGAUCCUUUCUUGGACAUCUUCGAUUGGGAGGAUCUGACAACCAGGCCAAUCUCUUUCAUAAAAUCCCUGCAUCCACAACGGGGAUAUAAUCCAAUGUACAUAAUCCCGACGAUGCAUCACCUCCCACUACUCUUAUCAAUAAUCAUCGCGGUCGCAGCUCCACUAGCAGGGGCCAUCCCAGCCCAAGCCGGGACACACAGUGCGACACAAGUAUACCAAACAACCGACAAAUACCCACUCGCAAACCCAGGCAACAUCCCCGCCCACGACCCAAACAUCAUCCUACACGAUGAGCACUACUACCUAUUCAAAGGCGGGAUCAACAUCCCAAUUUUCAAAUCCGCCAAUAUAUCCGGGCCAUGGGAAAAGCUCGGCACAGUCCUAGCCGGCGACAGCAUAAUCCGCAAAGGCAACCGGGCACGACCCUGGGCGCCAACAACAAUUGAAAGAAACGGCACAUUCUACUGCUACUACACGCUGAGCGCGCGAGGGUCCCGCGACAGCGCGAUUGGCGUCGCGACGACAACUGCCCUCGAUGGCAGUCCCUGGACUGACCACGGCGUCGUCAUUAACACGGGCACGGGUGCUGGGUCGGGGGUGUGGCCGUACACGAUCACGAAUGCCAUCGAUGCGUCUGUGAUUGUUGACCGGGACUCUGGCCAGGCGUAUCUCAACUACGGAAGCUUCUGGCGUGAUAUAUGGCAGGUCCCGCUGGCGGAUGAUCUGCUUUCUGUGAAAGAUGCUGAUAAGCCGGAUGCGGUGCAGUUGACAUUUCUCCCACGUGUUAAGCCUAAGCCUGAGGAGGGGUCGUGGAUGAGUUUUCGGAAUGGGUUCUAUUAUGUUUGGUUUAGUCAUGGGAAGUGCUGUAACUUCCAGAGUGGUUUCCCUGCGCGUGGGAAGGAGUAUAGUAUUCGGGUUGGGAGGUCGAAGAGUGUGCGUGGGCCUUUCGAGGAUAAGGAUGGGAGGUCUUUGCUCGAUGGGGGUGGCACGGUGGUUUAUGGUUCUAAUCAUGGGGUUGUGUAUGCGCCUGGUGGCUUGGGAAUCUUGGCUGGGAAUAAUGACGUGUCGGAUAUUCUCUACUAUCAUUAUUUGAAUACGUCGAUUGGCUUUGAGCAUGCGCAAGCUCAGCUCGGCUGGAACUAUCUGGACUACGAGGAUGGGUGGCCGGUGCCUACGGAAGGCCAAGAUGCUACUACGGCCAAUGUCGCCUUCGGUUAUGGACCUCCUAGCUGGGGUUACCUAGCAAGUGUUUUGGGUGUAUGGCUGUGCAUGGGGCCAUAG